GGGCUCAUUCCCUGGCACACGCUUCAAAUCCCUCCACCUCCCUUCAAAUAACCUGCCACCGACACGCUGACGAAUGUUUCUGCUUUAUGGUGACAGGUCGCUCAGGCAGGCCGUUGCUGUGCCGCCUCUGCUGCUGCUGUAAACUCAAGGUUAACUUUGCUCAAGACUAGGAAAACGCUGUGGCAGCUGCGCUCAGGCCGUCUGGAAAGCUGGAAUUUAAGUGGAUUGUAAGCAGGUGCAGUAGAUCUACUCAUUGUGGAGCAGAAAGUUCACACUGAAGUUAAGCAUCAUGCAGGAGAACAACAUGGAUCAGCCCACGUCCUUGUCGCAGCUUUUACGGGAGAGUUACCUGGCCGAAGCCAGAGCCCACCACAGACACGGCGAACCGAGCUGCAUCGACACCCCUCGACGUCUGGUGUACGGGACGCUCAAAGAGAGAGCGGAUGAUUCCGGUGGGAAAGUGGAAGCUCAGUUUCCGGACUUGUCUGCCUUCCUGAGCCAAGAAGAACUGGACAAGAGUGUCGAUCUGGCUUGCAAAGCGAUCAGCAAGGAUCCCCGAGAACGUGAGGAGAGAUGCCCACAAAUGAGCCAUUACAGUGUUCCUUCCAACAAACCCACUCCAGAAACGGAGGUUGUGUCAGAGAGACAAUCAAUCCAGCCUUCAAUCCAAGAAAACACGAUAAGGAACGUCAGAAGUACCAGGGAACCUGCGGCAGAUUUCAAAAGACCCCAAAGAAAUGCUCCUUACGGCUUGGAGACGCAAUCCAAGAAGGAGUUCCUCAAUAAGGCUGCUGACUUCAUAGAGGAGCUUUCGUCUCUGUUUAAGUCCAACAGUUCUAAGCGAAUUCGGCCUCGUACUUGCAAAUCGCACCGGAGCCGAUACCAGAACAAAGCCCAACUUGAUGGCACUUCAUACUCCAUUAAUGCAGAAGAUAGAGAAAGGCCGAUUCUACUUAACCAACAAAUGGAGGAGCCAAUGGAGAUCAAUCCAGUCAUGGAGGAGCCGUAUGACGCAGAGGAGCCCCAGGAACCGGAGCCACCUUGUGAAAUAGAGUGUGAAGCACCGGCUCUGAUAGAACCGGAGGAACCCGUGUGUGAACCUCCACACUUUAUACAGAAACUCAAAAGCAGGGAGGUUCCUGAGGGAAGUAAAGUCCAGUUGGAUUGUAUCGUCAGAGGGCUGCCUACUCCUGAAGUUCGAUGGUUUUGUGAGGGUAAAGAGUUGGAAAACAGUCCUGAUAUUCAGAUCAUCACCAACGGUGAGCGACACUCUCUGAUCAUAGCAGAGGCUUUUGAAGAAGAUACAGGCAGAUACUCGUGCUUUGCCUCCAACUUUUACGGCACAGACUCCACCUCAGCAGAAAUCUACAUUGAGGGAGCGUCAUCAUCGGAUUCUGACGGAGAACAACAUUUUCAAGCACAACUUCAUAAAAGAUCUCCUCAGCCCAAGCCUGCUGAGGUCUCGGUAGAAUCCAGCACAUCUGCUGAAGACGCCAUACCAACUGUAACAACCACCUGCGCUGAGCCACCAGCACCUUCAGACGCAGAAGCAGUGCUGCUGACCGCUGACCCUCCCUCUGAGCAAGAAGAUACAGAACUUCUGAGUACCAAGAUCAUCAGCUCUGAAAUACCUGUUCUAGAACCAACCGUUCCUGCACUAGAACAAACCAUACCUGUACCACCAGCGCCAAUAUCUGAUGUGGAACCCACUCCACCUUCUCCACCCCUCACCAUAGCACCACCAUCACUUCCAUCAAGCCAAAGUAUUUCCGAUAUAUUGUUAACAUCUCAACAGAGCAUUCCUGAGAAUCUAAAUGGCAGCAGUAGUUAUUUUCAAGACUUUGAUGUAAGACCCAUAAUGGCAGCUCCUGUUUUUACAAAGAACCUUCAGGAUGUCCUGGCUCUGGAGAGUCAGCUGGUAGUGCUGGAGUGCCGAGUAAAAGGCAGUCCCUCCCCCAAAGUGGACUGGUACAGGGAGGGAACACUUAUUGAAGACUCUCCAGACUUCAGGAUCCUCCAGAAGAAACCAAGAUCUAUGGCUGAAUCUGAGGAGAUAUGUACGUUGGUUAUUGCGGAGGUCUUUCCAGAGGAUUCUGGGACAUUUACUUGCACAGCCAGCAAUAAAUAUGGCACAGUUUCCAGUAUCGGAGUGUUGAGAGUGAAAGGACGCAACGCCAACCCCAAAACUACAAGCACUUUAACUGUGGAAUCCUCCCCACCAAAGGUUCCAGCAACAGACCUGAUAUCAACAACUUUGAAGCGUAAGCCAGAUGUUCCUCUGGUAAACAACAAGCUUCACUCAAGUAUGAUUUGUCUUGACCCUCUGAGCUCUGGCUAUAAGCAGUCAGACCCUCUGGACUCUGGAACACUUCGUUCAGACUCUCUAAACCCUAGUAUGUUUCGCCAUGACCUCAGCACUAGCCUACCUAGUCUAAACCCUCUCAGCAUUGGAAAACACAGCUCAGAUACUUUCAGGAGUAGUUUACCUCAGCUAGACCCACUCAGCUUCAAUGCAUCUUCACUGAACUCUGAUUCGAACCAUAAGUCUCUCAACUCUAGCACUACACACUUCGAUUCAGGAGGGUCUGGUUGUAAGCCUUCCACAGAGGUGACCCAAAGUCCAGCCAAUGGAUUAGCCUCCGCCAUCACUUUGGGCUCAGAUGCCUGGGUUGAACCAUCAGUAAACUCCAGUAACCAUCAAGAGCAACCACCUGUUAAACCCCUACCAGAUCCCCCAACUUCUUGCCUCAAGACAAGACCCGAGGGUGUGUUAGGGAAUCACAAUGAACCCCGCUCUGGUUCUCGAGUGGGUCUCCGCGUAACCUUUAAACUCCCCGAGGAUGAAGAAGAAGAAGAGAAAGACAUGUCAUCCAAAGAACCACCACCGGUGUUGGCUAAACCAAAAUUAGACCCAGUGCAGCUUCAGAUCCUCCACAACCAGGUGCUUUUGGAACAGCAGCAGGAGAACGUCUCCCCAAGCCAAGAGUUACCACAUUUAGACGGGACAAGUUAUGAGCCACCGUCUGUCACUCCAACUCACCCGACUGCAAAUCCAGUGCCAUCCCCACUCCGACCACCUCUCGUAAUUAACUCUAGUCCAAUUCCACAGCUAAUCCCUGCAUCCAUCCCUGCAGCACCUACUCUCACCUUAAAAUCUGCUCCUGUAUCCCAAUUGAGCAUGCCUUUAACCAAUUCCAUGCCCUUGCCACAACUUACUCCAUCAGCCCCAACCUUACACAACCCCCCUCCAGCACCUCAACAAAAUCUAGUUCCUACUACUUUGUUGAAUACUGUUCCACCAAGUAUGGUUCCUUCUACCCAUAUACCCCAAACAAUUGUGGCGCACAAUGUGGGGCCUAUCUCACCCAAUGUGACUCCUAUGCCAAGUGUGAUCCCAAUAACUCAACCUUCAGGAGCUAUGCCUAUGCCUCAAUCAAAUGUGGGACACUCUACACCUUUUCCACAACUUAUCAUGGCUCCUUCCACCCAACCAAACCCUAACCACAUGGCCAAUAUGCCACCCAUUACUCCUUCCAGUCAUAUAUCACAAAUAAACAUGAAUCCAACCUUGCAGAUGAACUCUGUUCACAUUAGUGACAUGAGUGUUGCCAAAACACAAGAAUUGAUGACACCUGAUGCAGCAGCGGUGAACAACACUACACCAAAAUUAAACACCACUUCAAUUACUCAUCCCAGCAUGGCUCCACAAGACACACGUUCUCAAAGUGUGUCCUAUCCACCCCCGAGUAUCAUCACCUCACCGCAUCUGGUGAGAAAUCCACCUGCGCCCAUCCCGAGUCCUAUGUCUCCACCUCCGAUGAACAACACCCAGCCUCCACUUCCCGGGAUUAUCCCGAUCUCUGCCCAGAGCUUCAGCUACACCAGGCCAAAGGAGUUCAUCGCAGCCCAGACGCUCUCUCCUAUCAGGAGUCCUUCUCCAACUGAGUCACCUGUUCCAAUGCUCCAUGAAUUAGCCGCACAGAUAUUCCCGAAGUCAACACGGGAGCUCAUGUCACCAGUCAACCAGUUUGCUCCGUCCCCAAGAAAGUUUCCAACAAGAGUUCUGGAGUGUCCAAGCAGCCCACCAUAUGUGUCCUCACCACCUCUUGUGCCUCCUGGGCUGGUGAAUUCAGUGUUUUCUUUUAGACCUCAGUCACCACCACAAGCUUCUUCACCAACGUCUAGCAGCUCUACCCCCAGCCCCAUCCAAAAUCCAGUGGCCUUCCUUAGUUCUGUCCUUCCUUCACUGCCAACAUCUCCUCUAACCAAUGCCAUGGGGCUGCCUAAGAGGGCCCCACCUGUGCCUCAAAGUUCAAUGAAGAAGAAUCAAAGAGUUUCCAGACUCCUGUCCGAUGACAACAUCCGUGAAAGCAGGGAAACACUCUUACAAGAUAUUGAGAAGAAGUUGCGAUUUAAAGAUGAACCACUUCGUUUUGGACAACAGAAGCCGAGUUAUGUGGGGGAAGUGAGCCGAUCGCUCGGACCAAACAUUCCCACUGCAACAGUCAUUAACUAUGACGAGGAAUACAAGGUGACGAGCUUUGAGCAGCGGCUAAUGAGUGAGAUUGAGUUUCGUUUGGAAAGAACUCCAGUCGAAGAGUCGGAUGAUGAAGUUCAGCAUGAUGAAAUUCCCACUGGAAAAUGUAUCGCGCCCAUUUUCGACAAGAAACUGAAGCACUUCAGGGCUGUGGAAGGGAUUCCUGUCACAUUUACCUGUAAAGUUGUUGGAAUUCCAGUUCCUAAGGUUUACUGGUUUAAGGAUGGAAAGCAGAUUUUGAAGAAAAAUGAUCACUAUAGGAAAAUCAGAGAGGGUGAUGGGACGUGUUCUUUACACAUAGAAGCCGCUACAAGUGACGAUGACGGCAAUUAUACAGUCAUGGCAGCAAAUCCACAGGGUAGAAUAAGUUGCUCUGGCCAUUUGAUUGUCCAAACGGGUCCCGUGCGAAACCGGCCCUUGGUGCACUCUCAGAGAGUCAGAGCACGUGUACAGGAAGUGGAGGGAGAACCGACUCAAGAGCGCUUCUUCCGCCCGCACUUCCUGCAGGCUCCAGGAGAUAUGUUGGCCCAUGAGGGCCGGCUCUGUCGGUUAGACUGCAAGGUGAGCGGAUUACCCCAUCCUGAAAUCAUGUGGCUUCUGAACGGGAAGCCCAUAUAUCCAGACAUAACUCAUCGAAUGCUUGUGAGAGAAAAUGGGAUCCAUUCUCUGGUUAUUGAUCCUCUGACUCAAGCUGACGAUGGGACGUACACCUGCAUCGCCUCAAAUAAAGCCGGACAGAGUUCAUUCUGCCUCGAGCUCAAAGUCGUGGAAAAAGAGAUAAAGCAGGCUCCACAUUUUGUGGAAAAGCUGCAGAACACAGGCAUCGCAGAAGGCGCUCCAGUGCGUUUGGAGUGCAGAGUUGUGGGAAUGCCACAGCCGCUCAUUUACUGGAAGAAAGACAAUGACACGAUCCCUCACUCGAAGGACAGAGUUAGCAUGCAUCAGGACACUACAGGUUACGUAUGUCUACUAAUUCAACCGACCAGAAAAGAAGAUGCUGGCUGGUACACGGUGUCUGCGAAAAACGAGGCUGGAAUCAUAUCAUGCACAGCCAGACUAGACAUUUACGCUCAGUGGCAUCAGCACGUCCCUCCACCUCUGAAGAGAACACAGAUCCCUGCCAGUCGCUACACUGCUCUGACCGGACACGGACUGGAUAUAAAGUCAGCCUUCCCCAUGAGUGACAACGGCCCCGUCAUGUUCCUCGCCUCCCGAUCGGGCCGAACACAAGAGAGCGAGGAGCUGUAGAUGCUCGCAGGUUCAGGAUGGUGUGUUCAGUUGUUGGUAGCUAGUUUAGCAGUCUAAACUCAAACAAGCAUCUGAUUUGGACGAACACUUUGAUUUCCCUCACUGCAUUUAACAUUAUUUGCACAAGAUUUUUUCCCCCUUUAUCAUGAAAUUUGUGCCAUUUGAGGCAUUUUUGUUCUGGUCAGUUUGUUGUAAUCCUUUGGCUAUUCUGCCUUACAUAUCACAUAUAUUAUACAAUUAUGUAAUAUUGUUUUAUUAGACUGUGUGUCUGUUGCAUUACCAACUGUGAAUGUAAAAGCUUCUGCAGGUUUCAUUCAGCAAAACUCUUCGACUACUGCUAUUGAUUCAUAUUUCAAGCACGAGUCAUAUCAGCAAGAUUAUAGAUUUAGAGAUCAAACAAAACUUUGCAUUUCCAUCCUAAGUGAAUCACAGUUCUGCUGAAAUCAUCACAUUUAUUGUUGUUUUAAUAAUAAAGUACUACAGAAGAAUGGGGAAAAAUGGUCGUACCUAAAUUCUCUUGCACUGCACAUGGAAGGAAUGUUUAUAUAAUAUUGUUCCUGAAGAAUAAAUACUGCAAAGUUCUCUGCAAUGUGACAGAAUCAGAAAUAUAUUAGAUAUUAUAAAUUGUUGUGGAAGUUUACAAAGCCUUUAAUCAAAUGUAUUGUUAUACAAUCACUAGGAUACAUAAAUGCAAAUACCUGAUUUGUGAACAUGUACAAUAGUUGUUUUUCUUGAAAAUAAAGUUAUAUUUAUUCAAACACA